CGCUCGGUCAACUCUAGAGAUGACGACAAUGGUUGGACGCUUCUUCAUUGGACCGCGGCGCGCCCCCGGUCGCCGGAACAGGUCGAGUUCGCACGCUACCUCAUAUCACAAGGCGUCCGGGUCGACGCAAAAGCCAGCGAGGGAUCGACCGCGCUCCAUUGUGCCUGUGGAGGUAUUCCUGGCAAAUACACGGCAGCCAUGGUUUCUUUGCUCGUCGCCGCCGGGGUUGCCGCGGCAAACAUGGAAGAUCACGCCAACCGGACACCCCUCUUUUCUAUUUUUUACCCUCAUGAGUCAAUCAUUGAUAUAGUUACAACGUUGCUCAGGGCGGGCGCGUCGCUGGACAGUGGCCCGGUCCCCUUUCUUGGAACGACUAAGGUCAGUCGGCAGUUCGAAGAGCUUCUGAAUCACAUUGACAUUUAUCCCGAUCUAAGAGCACGCGUCGGUGCGGUCAGAACGCUUGUCGCGAGCGUGCGCGCGGCCGGCAGCUGGAAGGCCCAUUGCACACUGCCUCACAAGCAGGUCCUGCGGCUCCGCUCCCUCGUCGCGCGCGGCCGGACGCGGGAGCGCCUCGCGACCACGCGGGCGAUCCGAUUCAUCGUCCGCCAGGGGGACAACGGCAUCGUCUGGAACAUCCUCUCGUUUUGGCGCGCGACUGAUUAGAGCCUCGCAGUAAUGAUAAGCAGGAAAUG